UUGAUAUUGAAAAUGAAGUUUUCAAUCAACUUAUGUAUCAAGGCGAGAUCCCUAAGCGUCCUCUAAAUUAUGGCUUUGGUGUGAAGCAAAGCGACAUCUUUGGAGUGGAAGGACAUUUAAGGAAAGAAGGGUCUUACUAUGUCAACAAUAGUGAUAUGGAAGUGGAGAAGUUGAAGGUUGCACUGUUAGAUAUGAAGAAGCAAAAUGAGGAUCUUGCUAAACAAAAUCAAAUAUUGAACACAAAAUUUGAUGCAGUUGGUUCUAUGAUGGCACAGGUUUUGAAGGCAACACGUAGUGGAAAUGUUUCAUCAGAAGUUAUAGAUAAUGCAAUACAACUACUUGAUUCUCAGGGCUGAAUCUAUAUUCCGUGGAAUCGUACGGGUUUUAAAUUCUGUAUUAUUGGUUUUAAAUUCUGUAUUAUUGGUUUUAAAUUCUGUAUUAUUGGUUUAGCUUCCUUGGUGCACCUUCUUUGCAUUAUGUGGUUUUCUGUAGCAAUAUAAUCAAGAGACUCGGUUUGUCUUAAACGACAAGACAGAAAGCUACAUUAGAAUAUUUUAGCUAUAUGCUACAGAACUAUGAAGUUACCUUAGGGGAUGUAAAUUCCUUGUAGUCAGAAUGAUAUAAUGUGAGCAAUAAAACCCAAUAUUUGAGAGGCACA